ACCUCACCAACGGGCUUCUGGGCGAGCAUGGCGGCCGAGGGGAGGUCUGUCUUGUUCGUGUGUCUGGGGAAUAUUUGCAGAUCGCCUAUAGCAGAAGCUGUAUUCAGAAAGCUUGUCAUUGAUCAGAAUGCUGAAAACAAGUGGAGGAUAGACAGUGCAGCAACAUCUACGUAUGAAAUAGGAAACCCUCCAGAUUAUCGAGGCCAGAAUUGCAUGCGGAAACAUGGCAUUACUAUGAAUCAUAUUGCCAGGCAGAUUACGAAGGAUGAUUUCCUGACAUUUGAUUAUAUACUUUGUAUGGAUGAAAGCAAUUUACGAGAUCUGAAAAGGAAAAGCAAUCAAAUUCAGAACUGUAAAGCUCAAAUUGAACUGUUGGGCAGCUAUGAUCCCCAGAAACAGCUUAUUAUCGAAGAUCCAUAUUAUGGGAAUGAUGAAGAUUUUAGUACUGUUUAUGAACAAUGCCUUAGAUGCUGUAAAGAGUUUUUAGAGAAACCUCAUUAACAUGCUGAAGUGGUC